GUGCGAGGAGCGAUCAGGUAGCUCUGCCUUCCCGCGCUGCUCGCUUGCAGUGCCGGGGAUCUGCCGGCAUCGGAGAGCACGGGGACGAGAGCCGGGAGCUGCCGCCUGCCACCGGGAAGGGUCCCCCGGCAGAGAGGCAGGAGAGGAGGCAGCAAGGAAGGAGAGGAGCAAUCGGCAGGAAAACAGCGAGACUGGAACCAGUCUGGGCUGGGAGUAUCUGCGGCAGUGCCCUCGUGAGCACUGAGUCCGGAAUCCCGUCCUGAAGGCGGCGAAAACUCCUCGCACGAUGCUGAUGUGCCGUCCUGUGGAGCUGCUGGGGACCAGCUGGGUGCUCCUUGCAGGGCUGCUGGUGCCUUUGCAACAGGCUGCAGAAGGGAGAGAAAAAGCCGCCGCUGUGGGAUCCUCGGUGCUGCUUCCUGGGCCGGAUAACAUCACGCACAUCUACUCCACGCAGUGGGAAUACCUCGAUGGCACCAGCUCCCGCACCAUCCUGCAGUACUACAGGGGGUCUCACGACCCAGCCAUCCGCACGCCCUACGCAGGACGAGCCGUUUUCCAUCCAUCCGAUGGUUCUCUCUUGCUGGAGGACGUCCAGGAAAGCGACAGUGGCAUCUACAAAGUGACUGUCAACGCGGGAGACAGGGAGAGCCUGAAAAUCCUGCUGGAAGUCCUCAAGCCCGUGUCUCGCCCUCAGCUCCGGAGCAGUUCUCUUGUGGCCCAGGCCACCGGCAAGGUGCUCUGUGAUGUGGCAGAGGGCAGGGUGGAUGCCAUCACCUGGAAGAAGGAUGGGCAGCCCCUUCCCCCGGACAGAGCUUUCUACCUCUCUGACAGCUUCAGCGUUUUGUACCUGAGGUCGGCAAAGAAGUCAGACUGCGGCUCCUACUCCUGCAAUGCCAGCAAUAGGAUAAGCUGGCAGGAAACUUCCCUAAACAUCACUGUUGCAGGUCUCUCACCUCCCUUGCAGGACGCGCUGAGGAUUGCAGUGGUUGCUGUGGUCUUUGCUGCCGUCUCUGGAUGGGGAUUAGUUUUUCCUGUCUGCCAGUCUGAAAAGCUAAGAAUAAGAGGGGAGCUGUGGAGGUGGCUCAGUGCCUACACCUGCGGGCUGGUGUGCAUCGCCUCCAUCCUGGCUGGCACCGCCGGGAUCCUCUGGAUGCGAGAGGAAGGACCUUCUAUUGCGAUCAUACUGCCAGAGAUCGCCCUUACAUAUGUGAUGGUGGUAACCUUCCUGGUCUCUGCCACCGUGACCUUCCAGCCUACAAAUCUCACCCAGCUGAAAAGUAAAACAGCACAGCGCAUGAUGGGCUACGCUGCUCCUGGAGGAGUGGUUUCAGUGGUGUUGACGACCAGCUUCCUCAUAAAGAACAUCCACCAUCGCCAUGAAGAAGGAUGCACGGAUUUCGUGGACGUGACCGCCCUCACAGUCAGCACGGCGGCUGUGUCGGCCCUCCCGCUCCUCACCAUCUUCCUCUGCUAUCACACGACUCAGGGGUGGCUGAAGGACCGUGACUCCAGUUGGGCGGACAAGGAGAGCAGGAACCGUACUUUCUAUGGACCCCUCGCCAAACGACCGGACUUAGGAGGAGCGUGCAACUGAAUAUCAGGAGUUAAGCAAAAUGGAUACAGAAGAAAAGUAUACAUUAAAAUCAAAAGUGAGGGGUUAGACUCUGGGCGCCCUGUGGUUUUUACUCCCAGUUGAGCAACGAUCUGUGGCUGGUUUUAGCCGUUGGAACAGAGGGAAGCCACGACUUGUAGCUUUAUCUGGGGUUGUCUUCAGAGUCCAGCAAGUUUCAGGAACAUCAUACUGCAAGAGGCCACAGAGGUCGUUAUGGCCUUUGGCAUCAGCUAAUUGCACAAUGCAAAUCGAGUGGUGGAGAUGAAGUAACUCACAAACCUAGCAAGUAUCUCAGGGAAAAUGCCCUCAUCCCAUCAGGAUGCCAAUAUGAUACUCAGCUUCUUGCUGGUACCUGAGAGCAGCCUGCUCUGCUGUACCAGAGAUCGCAGCUGUAUUAGAGGUAGGAGUUAAGAAUUCACCCAGUUCUAUGGCUUUUUAAAGUCUCCUCUUCAGUCGUGUGUCGUCAUCCCCCCCGCUAUUCCUGCGAACGUAACUGAGCCCUGCAGUUCUGCGUGCUGGAAAACUCACGGCCAGCCCAAAGGGAAGCGAACACAGACAGACUGAUGGUUACCACCAUUUGUAAAGGGAAUUUUCUCCCUCUUACAAGCACAAUGUCUAGCUAAUGGAUGGAAAGGAGCUUCGCUGAGGGGCCAUGGACCAUGUUUAUACAUCUCUGAGCCUUAUGUCCUGCUUUCCUGUUGCCCUAGUAGCAGCGAAUAUGAAUUAUUUAUUGCUUUUGUGUCUGCUUAGCCCUUGUCAGCAGGGUCUCUGGCUUUUCUGUAAUACCAUUAAGGUUAAAAAAAAAGUGGCUGAUUUAAUCUAGCAGGCUAAACUAGACGUGCUGAGGAUGCAUGGUUGCUCAGGACCAUGGCCAGAUGGCUUGUGAAUGCUGACAGGGACAGAGACUCCAC